AUGAGGAAAGGCCGUCCUCCUCGUCCUCCAGGUCGCCCGCCUCCAUCGGAGUCCACCUGCCGCCGCCCGCUCCUCCAGCCCCGCGCCGCCGCCGCCGGCCCCGGGCAGAUGUCCUUCACCUUCGCCUCGCCCACCCAGGUGUUUUUCCACGAUGCCCUCGUCCGCCAGGUGGAUGUGUCCACGCAGACAGGCUCCUUCGGCAUCCUGCCGUCCCAUGUGCACACACUGCAGGUCCUGAAGCCCGGGUUGGUAGUGGUCCACGCUGAGGAUGGCACCACCAGCAAGUACUUCAUGAGCAGUGGCUGUGUCACAGUCAACGCUGACUCUUCUGUGCAGUUGCUGGCAGAAGAGGCCGUAACGCUGGACAUGCUGGACGCUGGGGCAGCCAGGGCGAACCUGGAGAAGGCACAGGCGGAGUUGGCCGGGGCAGCUGACGAGGCCCAGCAGGCGGAGAUCCAGAUCCGCAUUGAGGCCGGUGAGGCCCUGGUGAAGGCCCUGGAGUAG